AUCUUAUUGCUAUAACUAUUAACAAUACGGGUAAAAGAAAGUGUUGUUUAAUUGGGAAAGAGUUAGGCAACAAGAAAGUGAGUAGAUUGUGUCAGAUUGGCGUGCGUAAUACUGUAGCCAAUACUAAGAGGAGAGAAGAAAGAAUAUAAUUAGAGAUUGGAGGAGGAUGUUUCUUAAUACCUUUAUUUGCUCAAAAAAGAAGGCACCCCCACUUUCCCGUUUCAGCCACUUAAAAAGAAGCUAAAUACAGCUAGCUAUUCUGUAGAGUAAUUAGUACUUAGUAGUUUUCUUGAUUUUCUGUACUGGGAUUUCUGAGAAAUAGUGGUGGUGGGGACGGUGGUGCUGAUUCUUAAGUGUUUGGAAACAUUCUUGAGAUUGGCUUUUUGUGAAUACACGGUGUUGCUUUGGUGGCUGGCAAAGAUUUAGAUUAGAUUAGCGACAACUCAUCUUUUUCAUGGUCCUUCAACUUCAUUGGUGAGAGAGGAGCAUUGAAUAGAGGAAUGUGGAUUCUGGUGUUUGCUUUUUCAGAGAAAGCACGGGAAGUUGUUUAAAUAUUUAUAUAUAUAGAGGAAGGGCGGUGGUAUCAGUGGUGAGCAUGUGGCAUUAACACUGAUUUUGAGAGCUCAAAAUUUGCGGUAUUGAGUCGGUUGGUCAAAUAUCUUGGACUGGCAUUUUGUGGUUGGUUGUGGUUGAGUUUACAACUAGAAUCAGUAAAGAAGCCAUCUCUCUUCCUUCUUGAAAGCUUGUGAAGUUUGGAAAUAAUAGCACUUUUGGUUUAACCUUCCUUAGCUUUGUCUUCUGAAUUAUUGAAAGUUUAGAACUGAGAAACAGUAGGUAAAUAGAUACUUUAAACACCAAGAUGAAGUUUAUGAAACUUGGAUCCAAGCCUGAUCAGUUUCAGACAGAAGGAGAUAAUAUCAGGUAUGUAGCAACUGAAUUGGCAACUGAUAUGGUCAUCCAUGUUGGAGAUGUAAAAUUUAAUGUCCACAAGUUCCCACUUCUGUCGAAGAGCGGUCGCUUGCAGAAGCUGGCGGCACAUACAAAUGAGGAAAGCAAUGAUGAAAUCAACAUCCACGAUGUACCUGGUGGACCUGCAGCUUUUGAAAUAUGCGCAAAGUUCUGUUAUGGUAUGGCAGUAACUCUGAACGCGUACAAUGUGGUUGCAGCUCGCUGUGCAGCUGAAUAUCUGGAAAUGUAUGAAACUGUAGAGAAGGGUAACCUUAUCUACAAGAUUGAGGUCUUUCUUACUUCUAGCAUCUUCAGGAGCUGGAAAGAUUCAAUCAUUGUUCUCCAAACAACAAAAUCUUUUCUUCCCUGGUCCGAGGAAUUAAAGAUUGUUAGUCAUUGUCUAGACUCUGUAGCAUCUAAAGCUUAUAUUGACACCUCAAAGGUGGACUGGUCGUAUACUUAUAACCGUAAAAAUCUUCCAGCUGAAAAUGGAAGUGAUCCGCUAUGGAAUGGUGUGAAAAUGCAACAGUUUGUUCCAAGAGACUGGUGGGUUGAGGACCUUUGUGAACUUCACAUUGACAUGUAUAAACGGGUUAUAACGACGAUAAAAACUAAGCGGGGAAUGUCUCCAGAAGUAAUAGGUGAAGCAUUGAAAGUGUAUGCCUACCGAAGGCUACCGGGAUUCAGCAAGGGUACACUACCAGGAAGCGAUCCUGUGAAGUAUCGGUGCUUGGUCGAUGCGAUUACUUCUCUGUUGCCGACAGAGAAAAAUAGUGUUUCUUGUAAUUUCUUGAUCAGAUUGUUACAGACUUCUAUUUCUUUGGAAUGCGGAGAAACAGUAAGAAGUGAACUGAAGAGGAGGAUUGGCUUGCAGCUGGACGAGGCAUCAGUAGCUGACCUCCUGCUUCGAGCCCCAGCUAGUGAAGCUACUACAUACGAUAUUGACAUAGUACAUGAGCUUGUUCAACAGUUCCUACUGCAGCAAAGGAGUGGUCAGAGCAAUUAUACUGAAGAUAAUGAAUUUCAGGAGAUGCCCCCUGCAUUUGCAUCAGAUGCUUCCAAGGUUAAGGUGGCAAGGGUGAUUGAUGGAUACCUUGCGGAAGUUUCUCGAGAUCCAAAUCUACCUUUGCCUAAAUUUGUCAAUCUUGCUGAUAUGGUCUCUGGCUUCCCUAGACCUUCCCAUGAUGGAAUUUACCGUGCUAUUGACAUGUACCUUAAGGAACAUCCUGAGAUCACCAAGAGUGAAAGAAAAAGAAUUUGUAAACUAAUGGACUGUCGGAAGCUAUCAGCUGAGGCUUGCAUGCAUGCUGUGCAGAAUGAGCGCCUUCCUUUACGCGUAGUUGUACAAGUGCUGUUCUUCGAGCAAGUGAGAGCAACAACAUCAUCUGGUGGUGGCAGCACUCCUGACCUACAUGGAACGAUUAAGGCUUUGCUUCCAGGGGAAUCCCAUGGUAGCUCAAGAUCUGCUACGACCAACACAGAAGAGGACUGGGAUGCCGUGCCUACAGCUGAGGAGCUUAAAGCUUUGAAAGGGGAGCUUGCUACUCUAAGGUUAAGAGACAAGGAAGGGAGCAAUGAUAGUAAUUUGAAAGACAUGAAACUGAGUGCCGAAAAGGUGGCUGGUGGCAAAACAAAGGGUUUAAUCAUGUCCAAGAAGAUCUUCUCAAAACUGUGGUCCAACAAAGAUAGAGUAAGUGAGAACAGCAGCUCGGAUACAUCAGAAAGCCCGGGAUCUUCCAAUGCUGGGGAAUCAAAAUCCACCCCAUCAAGAAGUAGGAGGCAUUCCCUAUCUUAAUAUUAGUUGCAGAUUAGCCAGUUUCUCAUAUGUUAUGUAAAAGUUUUACCCCCUAUUGUUGCUAGGAUUGGAAGAAGCUAAGUCUGCCACUAACCCUUGAAAAGGAAGAGAGAAUUUCCCCCAAAAAUUUUGAGCAUUUGAAGAAUGUAUUUUGCAAGGAAACUGAAUUGGAUCCUCUAGUUUGAUAGUUUUUUCAUUGUAUUCAAUUGUUCCCCAAGAGAAAUAUAGGUCUCCUCCUUUAUUUAA